CAGCUUCUCUGGGAUCAUAGGCCUGCCCAGCGGCAGCUUCUUUGGGACCUCUCUAAACCCGCAUCGCUUACCUGAACCUCAGGUUUUCUUUAGAGACCUGGGCCUCUUUUGUCCUAAACCUUCAGCUUCUCAGCAAACGGUCUCUACAGCUCCUGCCCUCCCUCUCAGGCCUCUCUUGCCUCACUAGGCCAUUCCACCCUUUGUUCUGCUGUUCAUCCCACUCAUGGAGAACCCAGGACUGGUUGUGCACGGGCAGGCUGCUUCCUUUUCCACAGCACUCCGAAGUCUUGUCAACAACCCCCGGUACAGCGAUGUUUGCUUUGUGGUUGGUCAAGAAAGGCAAGAGGUGUUUGCCCACCGGUGCUUGUUGGCCUGUAGAUGCAACUUCUUCCAGAGACUUCUGGGGACAGAGACGGGCCCUGGGGUACCUAGUCCUGUGGUGCUAAGCACGGUGCCGACCGAGGCCUUCUUAGCUGUGCUGGAGUUCCUGUAUGCCAACAGCGUCACCCUGCACCGCUACUCAGUGCUGGAGGUGCUGACAGCAGCUGUGGAAUAUGGGCUGGAGGAACUUCGAGAGUUAUGCCUGGAGUUUGUGAUGAAGGUUCUGGAUGUGGAGCUGGUUUGUGAGGCCCUGCAGGUGGCUGUAACCUUUGGCCUGGGGCCGCUGCAGGAGCGGUGCAUAGCCUUCAUAGAGGCUCACAGCCAGGAGGCUCUACGAACCCGCGGCUUCCUGGAGCUAUCGGCCACUGCGCUGCUGCCCGUGCUACGCAGUGACAAGCUCUGUGUGGACGAGGCUGAGCUGGUCAAGGCAGCCCGAAACUGGGCGCGAGUGGGCGCCGCGGUGUUGGAGCGACCGGUGGCCGAGGUGGCGGCUCCAGUGGUUCGAGAGCUGAGACUGGCCUUGCUGGCCCCGGCGGAGCUGAGCGCCCUGGAAGAGCAGAACCGACAGGAGCCGCUCAUCCCGGUGGAGCAAAUUGUGGAGGCGUGGAAGUGCCAUGCCCUACGGAGAGGAGAUGCGGCCCCGGGCGCACCGUGCAGGCGGCGAAGGGGAACCCUGCCCCGGGAUCACCACCGUUUUCUGGACCUUCGUUUCAAAUGAUCCACUUCCGGACCUUGGGAGGCAUCUGAUCUGAUCACACUCCAAACUACAGCUCCCGAGGUGCCCUGCGCCCGAGGCGGGCUUCCGCCCCCAGCAAGCCCUGCGAGCCGGAGGCCGGAAGGACCAUGUAGGGGCGGGCCAGUGCCAGUGGACCCAAGUUGGAGUCGUGUCACGGGCUCGGGCGACGCCCCGAGGCAGGAAGCGAGGGUGGCAUGUGUUCCAUGAGCUCACACCGCAUCCUGCUGCCGGUCACUCCUCUGUCCCUCUAUUCGGUUGGUUGACGCUGUUAUCUAUUUAGCGCAUCCUCCUUAACAACAAAUCAGCUUCCUGGCUCCAGGCUCAGCGCGGAGCUUCUCAUCUUCUCCUCUCUCCCAGUCCCGUAAAUACUGUUUCUCAUUUCUGCGGGUCAGGAACCAGCAUCUCUUCUUGCUUACCUCAUGACCUUUCUCCCUUCAAAUAGUACUUUCGAGUUGGUUUAGUCUGCAGCCUAUCUUCUGUCACUUUUGGGGAUCUUUUCUGCCAUUACCCCGCCAGUGCCCCCUCACUCCUUCCCUCCACCCCCAGUGCUCAUUGCAUCCCUGUUCCAUCGUUGUGAUUGUCAUGCCCUUCCCUGAGUCCUUCAGCAUUCCAGGACAAGCUACGAAAGUUUCUAGAUAUUUCGCACUUCUUAACACAGAGUUUGGGAGUUCGAGAAUUAACUUUUUUGGGGGGGUAGGAGGUGGGUAAUCUCUCACUGUGUAAUCCCAGCUGGCCUAGAACUCAUUUUGUAGGCCAGGCUAGCCUUGAACUCACAGAGCUCUGACUGCCUUUGCCUCCCUGGUACAGCGAUUAAAGGCACCAUGUACUAUUCCAGCUAAAUUAAAAAAAAACAACAAAAAAGCUGGACAGUGGUGGCACACGCCUUUGAUCCAGGCACUGGGGAGGCAAAGGCAGGCGGCUCUCUAAAUUUGAGGCCAGACUGGUCCGCAGAGCAAGUACCAAGACAGCCAGGGCUACACAGGGAAACCCUGUCUCGGAAAAUUAAAAACAAAACAAAACAACCCACAAAAACCUCUUAAAGAGAUGGGAAGGAAUCUUAACUCUGUUGCUCAGGCUGGUCUGGACUUACUGAGCUGAAACCCGUUCUGCCUCAACACCCUCACCUUCAGUAACUGGAACUACUAUGGUAUUAGAUGUAUAUAUAUUUUAUAUAUUUUUUCCCAAGAAAAACCACCACUGCCUGGCCCCUAGCAAUAAUUUUAAAGGAGUUGUAAAGCAAGAUUUAAAAAUGAAAGAUAGUGGACAAUUUAAA